AUGGAAGAACCUGAAAAGGACCUGGUAUGCCGGCGUGAGUGGUCGUUGUCGUUCCGCCUUUGGUUCCUAUUCAACUUCGCCGAUGGUCUGUACACUUGGGCACUACAUGUUCUAACAGUAUUGUUAGGAAUAUCAGGUUUCCUUGCUGCUUUGGUCGUAUUCUGCCUUGAACUCAACAAUGUACUCCUGGUUUACUCUUAUCUCAUCUCAUUUGGGGUCAUUUUUCUGUACCAGUACAUCAAUAAAGAAUUGAUGGAACUGCUGAUCUACUACAACAGCCUGUUUGUACAGAGAGACGAAGUCGCCUUGAGAAAUAUUGGUUAUUUUGUUGUUCUUUCAAUAGGGACAAUUUUGUUAACCAACAUUUUCAUUCAUUUUCGAAGGAAAGGGUUGGUUUGGACUUUCUACUGGAGAAAGUACCUUGAACCAAGUGUUUACUUUUCUAGCUUACUAAUAGUCAUGUUUAAAUUAACCACAGACAUUACCAUUCCUCAUUAUUUUAUAUACAUCCAUAGUAUCUACACAUUUUCCUUGCUAGCUUUGGACCUUUUUCUUGCAAGGAGAGAGAUUUUGAUAUUCAUACAGGAAACUUAUGCCUAUGUCCGUCAGGAUCUUUCAAGCUAUGGAAUUCAAAUAUUUCUUGAGAAUCAUUGGCUGCGUCUUCAUUUACCACAAGUCUUUCGACUUUUCUGGUUGAGUCGCUUUCUGUGCCACAUGUUCUUCUAUGCUAACACAAUAAACUCACCCGACUACCCAAAUCAUGACAAGGUGUUUGCAGCUCUGGUCUCUGAGAAACUUCCAGAAACUACUCUGGAUGUAUGGACAGUCAUUAGCAAGAGCCUGCUUGUUCGUGGUUGUGAUACAGUAAUUGCACUGCUUGGCCUCACCAGUAUUGUUUCUCUAAUCUCUCACUAUAUUGGCAUGUUUGUGGCACAUUUUGUUGGUACAGACAUGGAUGAAGAUCGAAAUGCUGAUAGAAACGUAGGUAUUUUGGCAGCCAUGUUGUUUUUUGUCCUCGCAUUACAAACUGGUCUGACAGGUCUUGAGGUUGAUGCACGGCUUGUGAGGUUGUUUCGCAAUUUUUGUUUAUUAUCAACAGCUAUUUUUCAUUUUGUUCACAGCAUGGUGCAUCCAAUCCUUAUGUCUGUAAGUGCUGCUCGCAAUGCUCUACCCAACCGGCAUCUACGACCCCUUAUCAUGUGUUUCAUCCUCAUUUUAUUUCCUUCCCAGCUUCUCAAAUAUCUGUGGAGCCACCAUUCGGCAAGCACUUGGCUUUUGGCUGUGUCUGCAUUCAGCAUUGAAAUCAUUGUCAAGGUUCUUGUCACAUUAACUGUCUACCUGCUCUUCAUGAUUGAUGCGUACAGGAACACUGCCUGGGAAGCCCUGGAUGACUACGUUUAUUAUAUCCAGUCGACUGGUAAUACAAUAGAAUUCCUCUUCGGGAUAUUCCUUUUUUGCAACGGUGCCUGGAUCAUGUUCUUUGAGUCUGGUGGAACAAUACGUGCCAUCAUGAUGUGCAUCCAUGCCUACUUCAAUAUUUGGGUGCAGGCUAAGGAGGGGUGGAAAGUUUUUAUUCGUCGGCGAACUGCAGUCAACAAGAUCAAUUCCUUGCCAGCUGCAUCCCAGAAACAGUUGGAUGAACUCAAUGACCUUUGUGCUAUCUGUUUUGAGCACUUGUACACAGCACGGGUCACUCAGUGCAACCACUUUUUUCAUGGUGUUUGCCUGCGCAAAUGGCUCUACAUCCAAGACAAAUGCCCAAUGUGUCAUAACUCUAUUUACAAGAAUGAUGAUGCCAAUGUGGCUGUUUUGAAUGACCAACAGGCUGCUGCUGCAGAUUAA